AUGGGGGGUUCCUCUUGGCCGCCAGGAGCAAGCUCCCAACGUUACACCCAAGCACCGCGCUGCUUUAUCCCCUUCACAGCUGCUUCAUCCCUUUCACAGCUGCUUCAUCUCCUUCACAGCAGCUUCAUCCCCUUCACAGCAGCUUCAUCCCCUUCACAGCAGCUUCAUCCCCUUCACAGCUGCUUCAUCCCCUUCACAGCUGCUUCAUCCCCUUCACAGCUGCUUUAUCCCCUUCACAGCUGCUUUAUCCCCUUCACAGCUGCUUCAUCCCCUUCACAGCUGCUUCAUCUCCUUCACAGCAGCUUCAUCCCCUUCACAGCAGCUUCAUCCCCUUCACAGCAGCUUCAUCCCCUUCACAGCUGCUUCAUCCCCAGCUUCAUCCCCUUCACAGCUGCUUCAUCCCCUUCACAGCUGCCUCAUCCCCUUCACAGCUGCUUUAUCCCCUUCACAGCUGCUUCAUCCCCUUCACAGCAGCUUCAUCCCCUUCACAGCUGCUUCAUCCCCUUCACAGCUGCUUUAUCCCCUUCACAGCUGCUUUAUCCCCUUCACAGCUGCUUCAUCCCCUUCACAGCUGCUUCAUCCCCUUCACAGCAGCUUCAUCCCCUUCACAGCUGCUUCAUCCCCUUCACAGCUGCUUCAUCCCCUUCACAGCUGCUUCAUCCCCUGCUUCAUCCCCUUCACAGCAGCUUCAUCCCCUUCACAGCUGCUUCAUCCCCUGCUUCAUCCCCUUCACAGCUGCUUCAUCCCCUUCACAGCUGCUUUAUCCCCUUCACAGCUGCUUUAUCCCCUUCACAGCUGCUUCAUCCCCUUCACAGCUGCUUCAUCCCCUUCACAGCAGCUUCAUCCCCUUCACAGCUGCUUCAUCCCCUUCACAGCUGCUUCAUCCCCUUCACAGCUGCUUCAUCCCCUUCACAGCUGCUUCAUCCCCUUCACAGCUGCUUCAUCCCCUUCACAGCUGCUUCAUCCCCUUCACAGCUGCUUCAUUCCCUUCACAGCUGCUUCAUCCCCUGCUUCAUCCCCUUCACAGCAGCUUCAUCCCCUUCACAGCUGCUUCAUCCCCUUCACAGCUGCUUCAUCCCCUUCACAGCUGCUUCAUCCCCUUCACAGCUGCCUCAUCCCCUUCACAGCUGCUUCAUGCCCUUCACAGCUGCUUCAUCCCCGUCACAGCUGCUUCAUCCCCUUCACAGCUGCUUCAUCCCCUGCACAGCUCCUUGGCAGAAAAAGCUAGCUAAAGGAAGGUACAGCUCGCUGGCCCGCUCAUGGCAUUCCACCCGUCCCCUCUGCUCGCCUGUACCACCCGUCUCCUCUGCUCGCCUGUACCACCCGUCUCCACUGCUAAUCCGUCUCGUCUGCUGCUCCCUCGCCUCUGCGUCCUUCUGUGGAAUGGGAGGAGAAUAA